AAUCAUCCACUUGCACAACAAUGUGAAAAAGAAGAAUUGAUGGUGAUGAUGAUGGAUGAUACAUUAUUCAAAUAACAAUCUAUGGGUGACGUUGAACUGGAAGAUAUAAGUGAGGAAUUUCUGAAUUAUGCCAUUCAAGAGAGUGUUCAGGAUUCCUACAAGCUGCCAUGUUCAAGCCAAGCAAACAGGAACGGACCAAACACUGAGGAUUAUUUGAAUGUACUCGCAGCCAUUGAGCAAGGUGAUGUGUAUGCACUACAGGGGCUUUCGGGUUGUGUAUCUGCCUUCAGAGUAAGAGACAGCAGGGACUGGCUGCUGCUACACAGAGCUGCUGUACUGCCACGACCGGUGGUGUUGGAUCUGGUUCUGCGGGCGGCGACCGCCAGUGAUCUGACCUUGGAGGAGCAGACAGAUGACGGGGAGACCGCUCUGACUCUUGCAGCAGAGGCCUGCCUGGUGGAAAAUGCGAAGGUGCUGCAGGAUCACGGGGCUUCACCACACAACACCAACCGCAAGAAUGAAUCUCCGCUACUGAUAGCAGUGAGACAGAGCUGCUACGACAUGGUCCUGGCCCUCAUCAUGGGAGGGGCCUUCGUGGAGCAGGUGUGCCUCACCAAGUGGACCGCCACCCACGAAGCCGCAAAGGUUGGCUGUCCUGCCAUCUUGAUGCUGCUGCUUAGACAUGGAGGCAAGGUGUCCAGUAGGGAUGGUCAUGGAGUGACACCUCUGGGCAUUGCGGCUGAAUACGGCCACACCGAGGCACUAGAUAUCCUCAUAAAGCACGGUGCUGAUGUCAAUGCCCAGGCCAGCAAUGGAGACACAGUCUUGUAUGACGCUGCUGGAUCUGGAAACCUGGACUGUGUCGAGCUGCUCCUGCAGCAUGGAGCCAACCCAAACGUAGCCAGCUAUGCCUGUCAGCUGCCCAUACACAGAGCUGCUUACGAGGGAUACUACCUAAUCCUGAGGACGCUGAUCCCUCUCACCACUAAGAGAGCCAUUCGUCUGUCAGGUCUGAAUCCUGUCCAUUCAGCGGCUGAUGGAGGACACAAUGUGUGUUUGGAGCUGCUCAUCCAGAAAGGGUUCAAUGUUAAUGCUGUGCUGGAUACACACAUCUCUGAGAACUACGGGGACUUAAGGAAGAGUCCUCUUUACUUUACUGUGUCAAACGGUGACGUGACCAGUGCUGAGAUGUUGUUGGCGGCUGGAGCCAGAACGGACCUGGACCCCCUACGGUGCAUCCUGGUCGCCAUACGAUCUGAGAGGUAUGAGUUGGUGCGACUGCUGUUGUCCUAUGGAGCGGAGGUGAACUGUUACUUCAGGGUGAUCAACAACACGACAUUCCCCACUGCCCUGCAGUACAGCCUGAAAGACCCUGUGAUGCUGCGAAUGCUGCUGAACAGCGGAUACCAUGCCCACAAGUGUUUCCAGUGUCGCCAUGGUAACAGUGAUGAAAUGGAUACUUCCUGGGUUGACCUGCAUAACCAAGCCUACGAGUUCUACAGCCAACCUGACACUGUUUCUUUCUGUGAGUUUGUGUCGGUGUCGUGGCUGAUGCAUCUGGUGGGCAGCGUGGUGAGGACGCUUCUGGACUACGUCAGCUACAUCAGUCUCUGUCCUAACCUGAAACGUAUCCUGGAGAGGAAGCCGCAGUGGACGGAGAUUUGCGACAUACUGGGUCAGCCGCGGUCUCUGCAGCAUUUGUGCCGACUGGUGAUCAGAAGACAGAUGCGUCCGAAGACACUGAACAGCCCGGAGGCCAUGGCCAGGGUCCCUUUCCCCCCCAGGCUGAAGAAGUACCUGAUGUACAGAGAGUAUGACCUAUACGGUGACCCCUCCUCUACGAGAUGA